AUGUUUGGCUCUAGAAGAAAACGAGAGAGGAACGGAACGGAACGAAUCUCGAGUGUGAAAUCACCUCACUCUAUUGAUGAUGCUAAAUCCAAGGGAAUCUGUUUGAUGAUAACAGUCUUGCAGCUGGCUCAAUUACCCAAUAUUAAGGUUGCGACUGUACUCCUCUCUUCUGCUUUUGCCUACAACAUCUUUUGGGUGUUCAUAUCUCCGUUGAUAUUCCAUGAAAGUGUCAUGAUUGCAAAUCCAAGAGUUGCUCUUCAACCGCCGAGAAUGACUGGGGCUAUGGAUGUGUCAGAGUCAGGACGUGAAUAUGGGGCUAAAAACACUGAUGACACCCCUGUGACGGGCACUUCUCAGAAAACUCGAGGGGAAGAUGCUCUUCAAUACCUUUUGGUGCAUGGUUGUCCUCCAAAUGUCCGAACAUAUACUAUAUUGAUCAAUGCACUUUGUAAAGAUGGCUCUUUUGAUGAAGCUACACUCUUACUAUCAAAAAUGGAUACCAAUGAUUGCCUCCCUGAUGCUGUAACUUUUGAUACAAUUAUUGGUGCACUGCUCAAGAGAAAUGAGACCGAAAAGGCAGAGAAACUUCGUCAUGAAAUGAUGGAGAGAGGUCUGGUAAAUAUUGAAAAAAGGUCAGAUACUUUAGUUCCAUUUUAUUUAUUUACUUGCUUUUGGACAGUAACUUCAGCUUCAUUUUGGAUUAUGCUUCUAUAA